AUUGCCAGCAGGGCGGAUCAACGGUCCCAGUCCCACUCCCUCAAGUACGGAUCAAAACAGUCCAACUACGGCUUGCAUUUAGGGUCUGGGGACUCGGUUGUUCUUCUAAACAUUUAUAACAGCCAGCCUCACAUCGUCGAGGAGGUUGAGACACAAGGAAAGAGAAACCAGACUAAACCAAAAACUAUUAACUCUGUAACGUUACACAGUCAGACACCAACAACCCCGAGUUCCCAUGGCACAUUCAUCAAGUCCUAUGGCAACUCAGUGUGUGUCCAAGGUGGAGCUGACGGUCUCCUGUGACAACCUGCUGGAUAUGGAUGUGGGGUCCAAAUCCGACCCGCUGUGUGUCCUGCUCAAUGCAUCUGGAAACCAGUGGUUUGAAGUCGCUAGAACUGAGAGGAUUAACAACUGCCUGAACCCAAAAUUUGCCAAGAAGUUUGUCGUUGAUUACUACUUUGAGAUCGUUCAGAAACUCAAAUUUGCAGUUUAUGAUAUUGAUAAUAAAACCAUCGAUUUAAGUGAUGACGACUUCCUGGGCGAGUUUGAGUGCUCGUUGGGUCAGAUUGUUUCCAGUUGCAAGCUGACGAGACCUUUGGUGCUGAAGAACAAAAAACCUGCUGGAAAGGGAACAAUUACGAUCAGUGCAGAGGAAAUCAAGGACAACAGAGUUGUGAAUUUUGAGGUGGAGGCCAGAAAAUUAGACAAAAAGGAUUUCCUUGGAAAAUCAGACCCGUACCUGGAAUUUUACAGGCAGACGGAAACAGGCUGGCAGCUUGCUCACAGAACUGAGGUGGUGAAGUAUAACUUGAAUCCUUGCUGGAGGCCUUUUAAAGUCCCUCUACGGUCUCUUUGUGCCGGGGACAUGGAGAAACCAAUCAAGGUUGAAUGUUACGAUUAUGACAACGAUGGAUCUCAUGAUUUGAUAGGGAUUUUUGAGACCAAUAUGAAGCGUCUUCAAGGGGCCACCCGCACAGCUCCGGCCGAGUUUGACUGUAUAAACAGUAAGAAGAAACAGAAGAAGAAGAAUUAUAAGAACUCUGGAGUUGUGAGUGUGAAAGUUUGUCAGAUUACCAAGGAAUACACCUUUCUAGAUUACAUCAUGGGAGGCUGCCAGAUAAAUUUCAUUGUGGGCAUUGACUUCACAGGGUCAAAUGGUGACCCCAGGUUUCCUGAUUCUUUACAUCACAUCAGUCCUCAAGGUGUGAAUGAAUAUCUCUCAGCCAUCUGGUCAGUUGGCCUGGUGGUCCAGGACUAUGACAGUGACAAAAUGUUUCCUGCUUUUGGAUUUGGCGCCCAAAUUCCUCCUACAUGGCAGGUGUCGCACGAGUUUCCUCUCAACUUCAAUCCUGCAAAUCCAUUCUGUGCAGGUGUGGAGGGAGUGGUGGAGGCCUACAGGAUGUGCCUACCUCAGGUCAAACUUUACGGCCCUACGAACUUCUCUCCGAUUAUUAACCACGUGGCUCGUUUCGCACAGCAGGCUUUACAGCAGAAGACGGCGUCGCAAUACUACGUCCUGCUGAUCAUCACGGAUGGAGUGAUCACAGACAUGGAUCAGACGCGCACGGCCAUAGUCGCCGCCUCACGCUUGCCCAUGUCGAUCAUCAUCGUGGGCGUAGGCAAAGCCGACUUCACGGACAUGGAGAUUCUGGACGGAGAUGACGGACGCCUGAAGUCGAUCACGGGAGAAGCGGCUGUGCGUGACAUCGUGCAGUUUGUGCCCUUCAGGAAUUUCCAGAACUCUCCCAGAGAGGAGCUCGCUAAGUGUGUUCUGGCUGAGGUUCCUGGUCAGGUCGUCACCUUUUUUAACAUGAUGAAGAUUCUACCUCCGAACUCAAACACCCAAGUGGAUGCUCCAAAUUAGCCGACACACUGAAGGUCAUGUUGCCAACAACUAAACAUCAUCAUCAUCACCAUAAUGUUAACCUAACUUUAGGCUUUCUUGAAGAGAUUUACCACUUGGUUUGAAAAUCAGUUUUAAAUUAGUUUUUUUUAACAAAAUCGUUGUAUAUUUAUUUGUUUUCAUGUGCCAAAUUAUCUUGAAAUGGUCUAUUAUUUUUGUUUGUAAAACUAAUUAUCUUACUAUAAAUGAAAACUAUCAGUUACUGGAAAACUCCCUUAAAAUUAGGGAAAAUAAUUGUUAGUGUUGGUGGGAUAACCAAAUACAGCGGCGAUACGCAGGCAUUUUAAAGUUUAUUUCCAGUCAUUCCUGCUAACUAUAUAACAAUAUAGUUUACAGUCAGCAUUAUUAUGUCUUUAAAUUUGUCAUUUUUCAUUAUCAUGUACUUUAUCAUAUUUUUUUAUAUUUGUACAGGAUUUUUUAAUCAGUGCCUCGCAAAGCUUAUGCAUAAUGUCAUAUUGGUCAUGCUAAUGUAUCAAUAUGACAUUGCAUUAAUCAUGCAGUGUAUAUAACGUAUAAUGUGCCUGAUCAUUUAAGUUGCAGUGCCUAUACAAAAAAAUGGAGAUUAUAUGGCAGCUUACAUGCCAAGUUUGACUGUUGACCAGAAUGCACUUAAAACUUUAGACACAGAGUAAUGGUGAUUAAAUAUAAAUCUGCAUGUACAGAAAGUUAGAAAUACUGACAUCUGGAUGGGUCAAUGAUCCUGUCAAGUGCCUGAAAACGUAAGUUUAAUAAUAAUAAAUAUAGCUGCGAGCUGCAAUUAUCGGCGUUCAAAUGCUUUAAGACCAUCUAUGCUGUUAGGGUCUAGGCCAACCAGAAAUGUAGAGCUGACAGCAUGAUGACAUAAAAUAUCCAUGACGGAGAAUAUGUUAUAACGUAUACAAAAAAAGAAUGAAAGGCUUGAACAAUAAUACUUAAUACAAGCUUGCUUGGACACACACAUUUUGUUGUACAUAUAGAUAUUUGAAAUAAAUCUUAGGCAAUUAAAGGUGCAUUGCAAAUUUCCUCUGUAUAACACAAUUUUCAGGGUUCACAUUAAUCAUUGUGGCACAAUUGUCAAAACUGAGAGCUCAGUACAAAUUAAGUGAUAAACUCUGACAAAAUAUGAUUAUUUGUUGCAGAUUUAGAUAUUUGAAAAAAAAAAGGCUUAUUCGACAUUUUAAUGACGUAAUUUUCAGGUCUUGUUGCAAUCGUAAUGUGGAAAUUUUGGAAAAACUACCUUAAAUGAACAAUUGAAGUGGAAAUUUAACUAGUUUAGUGACUAAAAUGAGCCAAUGAUCGGCCCUCUACUGCCAUCUGGUGGUUUAAUGGCAAUUUAAGGGAAUAUAACACUAUAAUCAAAUAGGAACAUUGUAAUUUUCAUGUUUCAAACUGUUAUAGAGGCAUAUUUUGCUUGAUCUGCCUGAAAUUUUAAAUGCUUGUUUAGAGUCAUAUGUCACAUGAACUUAUUUUCAAGAAGAGCUGAGCAUUUCUUGAAGAGAUAUGGGCUUUCAGGGACACUUGGUCAGACACAUUUGAAAAUGACCUUGUUAUAGCCAUCCAAAUGCAAAAGUUGAACAUUAUUCAAUAAUUAUUGAUCCAGAGAAUUGUACUGUAUUGGUUUUAUUCAGAUUGAGCAAAAAUCUAGGACUAGUUCGCAAAAGUAGGUUUUUAACAUAAUCACGAAUAUUUAAUGAAUGUUUUGUUUGACAGCGGUGGUUCUUGAAGAAAAGUUGUUCAGUAUGAGGAGAUCUAUCAAAUGAUAUGUAUAUUGUGUGGAUGUGGGAAACACCAGGUGAUUACAGACGUAUAAAACUCACUAGUGCCAACUAGUGGCCAAUUUCUUAUUCUCAAAAUUCUAAUAUCCUAUCAUAGACUGUAAAAAAGAUGGACGACGCCCAUUCGCUCUCUUCCAUUGGUCAGAAGUGAAACCGCCAGUGUCCCGAUAUGGUAGUGACAUCUUGGAACUUGAGUCUGCGCAGUAGCGAUUUCGGGACCAGACAUGCGCAGUCAUGAGCAGGAAAUAAUGGCCCCGCCCUCACUCUCGCAGAAUCUAGAAUUUAAAUAGUACGAUACGAUACGAUAAUUUAAACCUUUGAUCCCUGUUGUGCCCCCUAUUGGCCAGUCAGGGUCAUACCUUGUCCCAAAUUGAGGCCUACCAUCUGGUCAAGAUUCAUGUCUCUACGCCUGACGGUUUGGUCUGCACUAUCAGUUUUACGGCAGAAGAAGAAUAAUAAAAAUCCUUCCAGUUACAAUAGAGUUUCAGCACUAUGUGCUUUAACCCCUAAUAAUAAAAAAAUCUGAAACGAUAAUCAGCUUUUUAACUGUUUAAGAUGCAAGUUCAUUUUACAUUUAAUCACAAUGUCUGUACCAGUCCAUUGUGCGCAAUUAGUGCUGAGAGAAUUGUAUUAGAUCAUCUUAAUUGUAUUUAAUCAAAGCAUUUUUUUGUUCGUCAGAUAUCUUUGUGUCGGCAUUAUAUAGGCCAUCAUAAUAGUACAAUGUAAAGUGUCAACUCAGUGCAAAAAGUGUCAUGUGUUUUGCUGAUGUACGUGUCUUGCGUCUGUGGGCCUGUAGCAUGCCUUGUUCCACAUACAGUAAAUAAAACUCUGAAAAGCA